UUAGCUCGCUCUCACCAACGGCGAAAAACUCCUCUCUCUUUCUAUGGAUCGUCAGACGGAGAAUGAUCCUCCGGCGAUAAUCUCCGACCGAGUUCUGGUAAAUGGUGUUGUUACGCCGUUAGCUUUGACUGCUGACGGAGAGAUACGGUGGAUGGAAUCUGGACGGCGGAAAUCGACGGCGGAAAAAGAUGUACUGAGUUUCGUCGUGGAAGGUAACAAGGUUAGAGUAAAGACAUUGGUAGAGAGAGGAGGAGGAAUUUGCUGCGAAGGAAAUGCUGGAGAUUACACGAGGAAGGAUUUCGUUUUCGAGCCUCUCUCUGAUGAAUCUAGAAAGCUUUGGUGCGAUAAGCUCCAUCAACACCUCGACUCUCUCGGUCGGCCCAAGAAACUGUUUGUAUUUGUGAAUCCGUUUGGCGGGAAGAAAUCAGCGAGGAAGAUUUUUGUAGAGGAAGUAAAACCAUUGUUUGAAGAUGCUAAUAUUCAACUUGAGAUUCAAGAAACCAAGUACCAGUUGCAUGCUAAGGAAAUUGUUAGGUCCAUGGAUGUAUCAAAAUACGAUGGUAUUGUUUGUGUUAGUGGUGAUGGUGUCCUUGUUGAGGUUGUAAAUGGACUGCUUGAAAGAGCAGACUGGAGAACUGCCUUAAAAUUGCCAAUAGGAAUGGUCCCUGCAGGAAGUGGUAAUGGCAUGAUCAAAUCAUUGUUGGAACCGGUAGGGCUUCCUUGUAGUGCAACAAGUGCCGCUAUUUCAAUUAUUCGAGGUCGUACACGUUCUCUAGAUGUUGCAACUAUCUCACAAGGGACUACCAAAUUCUUCAGCGUCUUGAUGCUUGCUUGGGGUUUAGUGGCUGAUAUAGACAUCGAGUCAGAGAAGUUCAGAUGGAUGGGUAGUGCUCGCUUUGAUAUCUAUGGUCUUCAGAGGAUAAUAUGCUUAAGACAAUACAAUGGACGGAUUCUAUUUGUGCCGGCACCUGGGUUUGAGAGCUAUGGCCAACCAGCCAGUUGCAGUUUAGAUAAAGAGCCAUCUGUUAGUGAUAAGGCAAUUGGAUACCAAGGUCCUGAUACUAGACUUGAAGAUCUGGGCUGGAGAGAAAUGAAAGGCCCAUUUGUUUCAGUAUGGCUUCAUAAUGUUCCCUGGGGUGCUGAGAACACUUUGGCUGCUCCUGACGCAAAGUUUUCUGAUGGGUUCCUGGAUUUGAUUGUCAUGAAAGACUGUCCUAAGCUUGCCUUGCUAUCACUUAUGACAAAAUUGAAUGAUGGAACACAUGUUCAGUCACCAUAUGUAUCAUAUCUGAAGGUGAAGGCAUUUGUGCUGGAGCCAGGUGCACGCCUAGACGAACCAGACAAGGAAGGAAUCAUAGAUUCAGAUGGAGAGGUAUUGGCAAGAGGAAGAAGAUCAUACAAAUGUGAUCAAAAGGCUUUGAUGUCUUACAGCAAGCUUCAAAUAAGUGUUGAUCAAGGUUUAGCAACUCUCUACUCUCCUGAAUAAUUCUAAUUAUGAAAGUGGGACAUAUGACAUGAAAUGAGCUGAAGACACAAUUCAAAAAGUGUUUCCCUUGUGGCUAUGAUUAAAAUUGAUGGACAUGUACAGCUAUUACAGUAAACAGCAAAUGAGAAGCAAAGGGAUGAUUUUGAGUCUACAUACUUAUAAAUUCCAUAGAGGUGUAUUGUUUCUGAUCUUUUUGUAUGUUUGAAGUGUAAACUUUGUAUGUUCUUGUAUUUGCAGUCUAUAGAUACUAAACUGAUCAGAUCAUUUAUGAAAUAAUAUACACAUCUAAUUACAACA